AUGCGAGCUUUUUGUACCGUCAGCGCGCCCUUAGAGGUUUGCGCACCACCUUCCCGACCUCUGCCUCCGGGUACCAGAUUUCUAGCUUUAAAAUUAUUGGGAACGCCGCAGCCACGCACACUCUUUUUCCUAGUCGAAGCAAAAAGUCGCGUACGCGAAGUAUACGCACAAACAUGCCAUCACUUCUCGAAGCAAGGCAUGCUGGACACCGAGCUGUUUGGCCUGGCCGUACUAAUAGAUGGCGAGUACCUGUUCGCCGAUCCCGAGAGCAAACUGUCCAAGUAUGGUCCAAAAAGCUGGCGUUCCUCGCACACUCAUGGCCUGGACGGCAACGGGAAACCUCUCCUGGAGCUACACUUUCGUGUGCAGUUCUACAUCGAGAGCCCGCUUAUGCUACGUGAUGAAGUCUCCCGGCACAACUACUACCUGCAGCUGAAGUACAACGCCGUCAACCGGGAGCUGCCGAAGGAGUGCUCCGAGCAGAGUCUACUGCUGCUCGGUGGUCUCUCUCUACAAGCCGACCUUGGGGACAGUGUGCAAGAGGAGAAUACCUCCACUGGCGCUGUUGUCACGUCAGUAGCAGGUCCUUCUUCCUCGGUGUCUGCUGCACCGACGGUAUUCGGCGCAAGUUGUCCACCAGUCGGUUCCUCGAAAACCGGUGGCAAUGGCACCAACAGUACCAGCAGCAGUAGCAGCAGCAGUAGCAGCACUAGCAGCAGCAGUACUGCCAGCAACAGCAGCACAACAACCACCACCAACAGCAGCAGUUGCAGUGGUAGCGCGACCAGCACCAAUCUAAGUUCCAUCUCAACCACCUCACCGAACCCAUCCGGGGCAUCUUCAUCAGUUUCGUCGGCCUCAACGACUGCAGCAGUUGCAACCAGUGCGCCAGCUAGUGGAGCACCUUUGCUGAAUGCUACUGUUGCUGCUUCACCGGUGGUUGGCCAACCUUGUCCAACAACCGAUGGUGGCAACAAUGGCACUUCUGCCGAGUACUUCCGCCCGGAAGAAUACCUCAACGCGACGUUACGAUCAAACUGGGGAGUCGCGGCUGUCAGCUCGUGCCACCGGGAAAAUCGCGGAUUAUCGCGAGCUGACGCCGAGACGCACUACAUCCGGGAAGCGUGCAACCUGAAUGAAGCCAUCAACGCGCACGUAUUCCGGAUGAAGCAGUCGAAGAGCGAAACCGGACUCGGAGCGGUUGCACUCAGCAUCUACGCUAAGGGUAUCCGGAUCUCGACGGAUGGUACCUCGACGGCCACCACGUUCCACUGGCCGCACAUCAGCAAGCUCAGCUUCGAUCGCAAGAAAUUUGAGAUCCGCUCGGGUGACAGCAAGAUCCUGCUCUACUCGAACAACGACGACAAGAACAAGAUGAUCCUGGCGUUGUGCCGUGAGACGCAUCAGUUCUCGAUGAAGAUCGCACCUCGCCUGACGGAAGCGAUCAAGCGUGAAGAAGAGGAGAGUAGCUGCAUCCACGGGUAUCCGUAUCUGUACUCGCGGGCACUUAACCUACCGUACAAGAGCAAAAGCGAUCAGCGCAUUUCGGUGAUCUCGAGUACGAGUUCCAACACGACCUCGGGCAUUGUUAGUGACCGAGUACACUCUGAGGAUGAGCUCGAGAUCAUGAUCAAUACGCCACCGACGGCGACGCUUGCAGCGCCCUCUACCGAGAGCCUCGCGUUAGCACAUUUGCUCGAUUGCCCGAGCGUGUCCCGCCAGACGUCCUCCGUUGGGCAGGUCUCGUUACAGGACCUCGAAGGUACGCUAGCUGCUCUGUCCGUGAGCCGAUCGAGCAAACCGAUCAACACCGCGAAUGGUUCCGCAGCCAGCGAUAAUGGUAGCGUGGAAACGAAGCCAGAUCGACCCGGCAAGGAUUGUGAUUCGUCACCAUCCUCACAACACAACAUCGGCUCGCAGUGCUCGUCGACCUGCAGCACGGUUGUGGUGGCCACAGACUGCCUCAGCCUGCCGCAGAGUUCGACUGCAACCAGCACGACCACGGUUAGUAAUGGUGGAACAGCGAUCGCACCAUCCACGAUCAGUCCGGACCGGCGUCAGACAUCAACCUGCAGCAGUCUGGUGCUUGGGUUCAGCCAUACGGCACAGAACAGCACGCUAAGUGUGGCCACUAGCACCUGUCUGGAUCACGACAUCAACGAGGAAGAAGAGGAGUCACAUUCGGGCGUGUAUACGAUCGCACACGUACCUCCAACCGAGACGAGUGGCGUUUACACGAUGAACAGCAGCGAACUGACGGGUCAAUCCUCGGAGAUGGCAGAGUCGGAAUCGCACGAAAGCUCGCACUAUGGUAGCUUCCAUCCGUGUCGCAGUGAGAUGGCGGAUCCCCUAGAACCUGUCGAUUCGGUUGACGGUGACUACCGACCACGGUUGGAUAGUGGGCUGAACAGUGAGUUCCGGAUGCGAUCAGACUCGAACGUCAGUGCUGCUGGGUCGUUCCGCGGUGAUGGUAGUGAUCCUACAGAUAACAAGCAUUCUCUGCUGAGUGCCGAGGAACUGACGGAUCUGAUCGUGGGACGAGGUACCUAUCCAUCGCGAAAAACCGUCAGCCAUACACUCGAUUCGGACUGCGAUUACGUGACGCUGCCAUUGCCACUCGAAGGAGAGAGUUAUCUCCAAGGCAGCGAGGACACCGCACCCACCGAGGAUGAGUACGACGAUGAAGUGUUGCCACCAGCACCACCUAAACGCAUCGACAGCACCAUGGCCAGCUCGUCAGUGGUGGUUAGUCGUCCUCCACAACUAUCUCCGUCGGUGGAACCGAGCGUAAGUGCUCCACCACCUCCACCUCCGUACAACGCACACCACGAAACGACGGGUCUACGAGGUCCGGACAUCCGAGCACACGCAGUUCCAGAUCCAGAAGCACCUGCUAUACCUCUGCGAGAUCCUCCACCAUACCCACAAAAGCCUGUAGCGAUGCGUAAGACCAGUCCAGCAGUUCCGGUGGCUCCUGUGGCCGAAGAAGUGCCCGCAAGAUUCAUCACGACGCGACCUCAGAUCAACAUCCUGAAGGCACACGCUAGUGUGGUCGGUGAAACACCCAAACCGAGCUUCGCCGCACCAACAGUCAACAAUAUCGGCAACCUAUCAACAUCAACACCUCCACCACCGCCAGUACCAUCCAGUAGUGCUGUCGGACUGCAGGCGUACAAUCUUCACGCAAAUCACCAAGCCAUCGCAUCACCUCCACCGCCUUAUCCGGAGAUGCCGAAACCACCGCCACAUCGGACGACAGCCUGCGUCCUUUUACCCGUCAUCAAACCCCGCCAGUACCACCCACCACCACCACCCACGAUGCCACGUCAACCACCACCACCACCUCCACCUCACUCACUGGCCACAGUCUACACGAGUCAGCUGGCACGAUCGCAGAUCGAGCUAUACCAGCAACAGCUGUACAGUGACGUCGACUACGUGAUCUACCCGAUCCAGGAUCCAGCGAUCAGCCAGCAAGAGUAUCUGGACGCGAAGCAGGGCUCAAUCCUUGCGGCAAUGGCACAGAGUCCUCCGCCACCACCUUACCUCGCGUACCACACAGUACGAGCGCACAAUCGCAGCUGGGAUGCGUGCAAAAAUCACGCCAUCUAUCGGAGCACGCCGUACCUAUCGAUGGCGCUAUCUUCGAACUCACGGUACGCCUCCACGCAGAACCUUUCCGACACGUAUGUGCAGCUCCCGGGGGCCUAUUCGCCUUUGUACAGCCCGUCGGUUGCGAGUCUCUGCUCCUCGUAUGAACCUCCACCACCACCACCGUUGCGUCCUCGACCUCUGGCGGCUGCGAAAGCCGUAGCUGCCCUACCCCCGAACGGUGGUCAUGUGCCGAUGUCCGCUGGUCCAUCACCUGCUCUUUUUGCGAGGUCCCGAUCGGAUGACAACAUCCUUAAUUCGGUGGAGAACGCACCGAAGAUCCGUCGUCAACCCCCACCGCCACCACCACCGCCGUACGAGAGCAAGAAGGCCAUCCGGAAACCACCGUUGCCGCUUCCAACGCCACCGACACCGAUCGAGAAGCCUGCGUUCUUGAAACCACCGAUCGCCAUUCCGAGCCCCGAGCGACCUCCGGAAGUGCCCGCCAAACCAACGCCUCCGAAACCGAGUGGUCCGAGCGCGAAGCUGCAGGCACAGAUCAAGAAGCAGUAUCCGGACUUCGACAUGAGCACGCUGACGUCCGGAGCCGGAGAUCGAGCGACCGGAAGCGAUCGUACCUCGAUCGACAUUAAGACAUUGCGUGAGAAGAGCAAACACCUCGAUCUGCCGCUUAUAUCCGCGCUCAUGCACGAUCGAUCGCUGUUGAAGCAAACGCGUGCCUUCGUCAUGCCGAAACACCCGAAAGUGAACGGUUCGAAUGGUGGAAUGCCCAACGGUUCGACGGGAUCGUUAACACCCGGAUCUCCCGCGAUCAACGGUGAUCAGCCGAACGGUGGAGAUCCUUCACCGAAAUCCAAGUACCCCGUGUCGGGGCUGUCGACGACGCAGCUGGCUAAACCGAGGAAAACCUCCGCAAGUCAUCGGCAUCCGAACGACAAGCUGCCACCGUUGCCAGGCCAAACCGGGCCCGGUCAAACUGGACCGACGGCUGAGGGCAACAACUACGUCAUGGACCCCACACCGACACCGAUCAAGCAGAAGAGCUUCAGCUCCUCCCAACCCAGUGUCUAG